AUGAAACUGGCUGUCAUUCUAGGACUGCUCCUCCUGGUCGCCCUGUCAAACGCGGCUGUCGCUGAUCAGACAACUCCAUUGGCCGAUCUGACAUAUCAAGAAUUCGGUGCGAAAAUUUACGUGAAAGCAAAGGCAGUCUUCCCGAAAAUGGUUGAAUGUUUGGCUAAGAAGGGAGAAGCUCAAAAUCUAACGCAAAAGUUCCAAACUGCUCGUGGUGCAAUGCGCGAAUUUAUCUGGGCUUUGCUUCUGACAAUGGACAACGCGGAAACCUCCUAG